CUCUCAUGCAUCCUAUUUUGUCCUCUUUCUCUUCCUCUUUAAUUUUCCCCUCAAACUCAUAAACAAACAAUCUGGCAAAAUAAGAGUCGCAUAGAAGAAGCAGUUUCUCUCUGUCAACCAAAACUGAUCCUUUCACAAUACUCCAAAUAAAUUUUCACCUUUCUUUUUCAUGGCUGUUGAAGCCCGGCAUCAUAAUCCUCUCCCUCCUCAACUCUUAGGAAACAGGAAAAUGAUGAACCCCAUUGAAGCAAACCCAAGUUUUUACAAUACCCAGAUGGGAUAUGGGUUACCAUUAUCAGGAAUAACAGCAACUGAGACUCUUCAACUGCCCGCCACCGUCUACGGCUCCGUCAUCUCCGACACAAUCCCUCAAAAACCAGUCAUUAAAUCCGACAGUUCUUUAACGUACAACAACAAUAAUAGUCUCCUUUUUCAAUCAAGAAAACGUUCAAGAGACUUCUUAAAUCCUCUCCUCCCUCUUCCAUCGUUCCAAAAUCAAAUUCACAAAACUUGCACCAGCGCGCCCUUCUCCUUCCUCGGCCACGACAUCUCCCCUCAGAUCCAAGAACAACAUUUCGAUCUCGACCGCAUCAUUUCUCAACAUAUGGAGAAAGUGAAGAUGGAGAUUGAAGAAAGGAGAAAGAGACAAGCGAGAAGAAUAUUGGGCGUCAUUGAAGAAAGAGUUAUUAAGAAACUGAGAGCAAAAGAAGAAGAAAUUGAAAAGAUUGGGAAACUGAAUUGGGCGUUAGAGGAAAGAGUGAAAUCCUUAUGCGUAGAGAAUCAAAUUUGGCGAGACUUGGCGCAAAGCAACGAAGCCACGGCCAAUGCUUUACGUUCAAACUUAGAGCAAGUCCUCACAGCCACUCAAGCCAAUAAGGACGUUCGUACACCAAGAGGUGUUUCCCUAGACGAGGUUAUCGAUGACACUCAGUCGUAUUGCGGCAGCAGCUGCGACGGCGGUGAAAGUACGAUUGGGAUAUGUCGGAAUUGUGAGAAGGAGGACGCCUGUGUGUUGCUUUUGCCUUGCAGGCAUUUGUGUUUGUGUACCGUUUGCGGGUUGGGUCUUCAUACUUGCCCCGUUUGUAAAUCCGUUAAGAACGGUAGUGUUCAUGUUAACUUGUCGUAGAAAAAUCAUUUACAUACAUUUUUAAAAAAUCACAAAACGUUUCGAGAAACAA